AUGGACUACCAACAGCCUGCGGUAUCUUCGCUACAGAAGAUGGAAGCAAACCACGAUGUUCGCGACACCCAUUGGCCGCUCAUCGCAGGCAAUGAAAAUGGGGCUUCAUCGUUCUCUUUCGCGGCGACGAGGUGGGAUCCGUUUGUCCAUGCAGGCUCAGGUUGUACAGAUGACUCUACAUCCUACAAUCCUGCUGCAAAUCUGAGGGAGCGAUUUGACCAACCAGUGGCAGUGUCUUCUUGCUACGCUUCAUUGUCCCCUUUCACUGCCACCCCGCGACAGCCCUUUGAACCACUCGAUCCCCAUUUCUUGACAUCUUUCGAGGCUAACAACGCAGUUGACCGGGUUGCAAUUACCAGACCGCAAGCUCAGCACUUAUCCGGGCAAGUCAGCGUACACCGUCGUCCAAACUCCUCCAUGUCGGUCUUUUCGUUCGAGCAGCCCCCACAGGAGUCGCGCUACUACCCUCAAGCACUGUCCGUAGAAGAAAAGCUAGCGCUUGCGCAAGGCGAAAAGAGCCACAACCUUCAAGAGUGGUCGGGCAAGAACCUCAUCACUCACCAUGAGGCGCGCAAGAACUUGGUUCCACACGUAAUGCCAAAAGUGGAAAAGUCUAAUGCUCUCGCGAGUAUCGAGCAUGACAAGCAGCAUAGUCAGCGCGCUCUGUCUAAGAUAACAGAGAAGGUGCGUAAAGUGUUCGGCCGACCUUGUAUCAAGGUUACAAUUGACACUGAAAAGGACGACGAGUCUGCUCAUGCACAGUCCCCGCGCGCUUCUCAGUCGACUUACGAUCUUCGCCUUCCUACUCUAUCACCCGCAAAGCCACAUCCGCUGCCCGAAUCAACAUUUGCACCAUCGUCCCAGGAGUUCGUGGACAAUACGCCUCACUAUCACGCUGCACACGCCCGUGCAGCAAGCAGUGAGGACUACUUCUCGCAACCUCCGCGUCCUCGGACAAGCACCUACUACGCCCGCCGCAUCUCACCCCUAGCAUCCAUUUCAGGUGCACCAUCAUCAUCCAACUCCUCAAUCCGAGCCCGCAGCCCUCUCGCCCAGGAAGUCCAGUUCCGUGCUAACCCAGAGACGACGUUCGACUCCCUCCUCGCGCCACAUAAAUCUGGGAAGGGCGAGGUGUUGAAGGAUUCAAAAUAUGCACAGAAGGUCAAGAUACGAAAGGCGAGUCCAAGCCCGAGUCCAAAGUCAAAGGCUAAGACUAGGAGAUUGACAAAAAUGCCGUCGGUGCCGUUACUGCGGAAGCGUGGCAGUGGGUCGGAGGCUGGGUAG